AUGCGGAGGCACCUCCAGGACCUGGAAUGUCUGAGUUUUCAUUCAGAUGCUGGAUUUUCGGCGAGAGCUCGGGGACAAUUGCUGUGUGCCGACAUGCCCGGACAGCAGAGGAGACAUGAAGCCUCAUCCUUCUUGUUUGGAGGCGACGACGAUCCAUUCAGUCAAAAGAUAAAACCUUGGAAUUCGAAGUGUCCAAAGUGGAUGCCAGGCUAUGGCACACGAACUCAUGGGUUCUGCCGGAAACUGAAGCCACUGAAGAAAACAUGGUUUCCGCCGGAAGAACCGGAACCUGUGCCAGAGCCAUCGGAUCAGCCCGAACAGCCACCGGGACCACCGGGACCACCCAGACCAAGAAAUAGAUCCCCACCUCCUCGAAGACGUUCCCCUGCAGCGCGCAGGGCAGCAGGAGCAGCAGGGGGUGCGGCGGCAGCAGCUGUGCACGGAGCUUCCAGGCAGUCCUCAAAGUCGGCCUGGGAGAAGCCGGCGGCUGAAGCCCGACACGACCAGAUGAAGGCAAGCACGGAGAAGCCGGAAGUCCCCUUCACAGCCCCGGCAACGCCUCGGCGAAGGCGCGUGCCCAGACGUCCGGCUCGAGAUCCUCCGAUUCCGCCAGGAGAGCUGGAGAAUGAUUUCGCCCCAGCUCCAGCACCUUCCAAUCGACCGAAGCCCAAGAAGAGCCCAUUCCCAGAAGAGGAGCCCUUCGAGCCUAAGCCAGGAAUUAUCGUUGAGCUCCCGACGAAACCCAAGGCCCCAUCUCAGGAUCAAGUUGGCACCUUCGAAGAUGACGACGUAGCGAACGAGGAGAAAUUGCUUCCUCCAGAGGCGAAGAGAAUUAUCAGGUCUGAGCUCAGCAAAAAGGCGAUUGAGGCUGCUUACGAGAAGGAGGAGCGAGACUCGCUGCCCAAAGAAAUCCCAGGCACGACUCCACAGGGGCCUUUCUGGCCUCCUCCCAGCACUGCACCUCCUGUCCAGCCAAUUCCGCCUCGCCCAGGUGAGGCAAAUUACAACUAUGGUUGGGUGCCACCGGAGGAAAGGACGCCCUACAGCCCACCCUGGCCAGGAGGCGGCCCGGAGGUAGCGGUGGACCGUACAGAGGCCGUGGUCGAGGAGAUCAACGACGAUGCAAAUGCUGUCAUUAAGACUGCAGAGGACGCCGUUGUGAACACGGCCAGGACUACAGAAAAUACCUUUGCGAACACGACCGUCUAA